AUGCUCCACGUUGGAAGAAUAAUUGUAAUAAUUUCUUUGGUAGCCAAUUUGGUGGGAGGGUUCCGUAUUCCUAAGAGAGAUUACGACCUGAAAAAUUAUUUUAUAAUAGAGUUGGAUACGUUGAACUCCAGUGAGCCGCUAUAUAAUUUUAUCGAGAAGUAUGCUGAUAACUAUAAGUACGAACACCAGGUACGUGGACUAGACGACCAUUUUGUAUUUAGUAUUAGCAAAGAGCAUCCACAUAACGAGUUUAUAGGAAAUUUCAACUCGAACAAUGAAAAUUUGAUCAAGAGAUCUGGAGGGUUUGAGGACGAGUUUGAUGAUUUGGUAUCAAACCCGCAUUUAAAGUCGAUUCAUUUGCUCACACCCAAGAGGUUGACCAAAAGAAUGCCCGUGCCAAUUACAGAGGAAGAGUAUAAGAUUUCUAUGGAGAAUCAAGCCAAGAGAGGUGUAAAUAUUGUUGAUUCAGCUCAAUUACCCCUUAAAGAAGUAAGUGAGAAGUUGGGAAUUAAUGAUCCAAUAUUCCAGAAGCAAUGGCAUUUAGUGAACACUUUUUAUCCUGGGCAUGAUGUUAACGUCACCGGGUUGUGGUAUGAGGGAAAUACGGGUAAAGGUAUUGUCACAGCCGUUGUGGAUGAUGGUUUAGACUAUGAAAGUGAAGAUUUGCAUGAUAAUUUCAAUUCUUUAGGGUCGUGGGAUUUUAAUGAUAACACCAAUUUACCAAAACCUAGAUUAUUUGAUGACUACCAUGGUACGAGAUGUGCUGGUGAAAUUGGUGCUGUUAAAAACGAUGUCUGUGGUGUAGGCGUAGCAUAUGAUUCUCAAAUUAGUGGAAUUAGAAUUUUGUCGGGUACCAUAUCUGCAGAGGAAGAAGCUUCUGCUAUGAUGUAUGGGCUAGACGUCAACGAUAUCUAUUCCUGUUCUUGGGGGCCAACCGAUGACGGUAGAACUCUUUCACAGCCUGAUGUGAUUGUCAAGAAAGCUAUGAUUAAAGGUAUUCAGACAGGACGUAAAGAUAAGGGCGCUGUCUAUGUUUUUGCAUCUGGUAAUGGGGGACGAUUCGAAGACUCCUGCAAUUUUGAUGGAUAUACUAAUUCGAUAUACUCCAUUACUGUUGGUGCUAUUGACUAUAAAGGAUUACAUCCAACAUAUGCAGAGGCUUGUUCUGCAGUCAUGGUUGUUACAUACUCGUCUGGAUCAGGUGAGCAUAUUCACACUACUGAUAUAAAAAAGAAGUGCUCAGCCCUUCAUGGAGGUACAUCAGCUGCUGCACCAUUAGCAGCCGGUAUUUACUCUUUAGUAUUACAUGCUAAUCCAAAUUUAACGUGGAGAGAUGUUCAAUAUGUAUCUGCUUUGAGCUCUGUUCCAAUAAAUGAGGAUGAUGGUAAUUACCAAACAACAGCAUUAGGUCGCAAAUAUUCUCACAAAUAUGGAUAUGGAAAGAUCGAUGCGUAUGCGAUGGCUCAAUUUGCGAAAACUUGGAAAAACGUCAAACCUCAAGCAUGGUACUACUCUGACGUUCAGAAAGUAGGUAUGACUAUUACUCCUGAGAAGCAAAACAAUGUGAUCAAGAAGACAAUCAAGAUUUCUAAGGAGGACUUGAAAAUUGUAAAUUUAGAGAGGGUUGAGCACAUAACGGUAACUGUCAAUAUUCAGGCUACUGCAAGAGGCAAGGUAGGUGUUAGGUUAAUCUCUCCACAUAAAAUUACUAGUGACUUGGCUACAUUCCGCCCACAAGAUACUUCAGGCGCAGGUUUUAAGGAUUGGACUUUUAUGUCUGUUGCGCACUGGGGUGAAUCUGGUGUGGGUGAAUGGGCAGUUGAAGUUUUUUCUGAUUACCCUAUGGAUGACAACCGUAUUACCUUCCAAGACUGGCAAUUGAGAUUAUUUGGUGAAUCUAUUGAUCCAGAGAAGGCUGAAGUAUAUGAUAUCACUAAAGAUUAUAGUGCGGAAAGAAGAGAAAAGCAAAAGGAGCAUGACAAGAAACCAAUUGGUGUUCAAGACCCUCAUUCGAGUACUGUAGAAUCACAAGCUGAAUCUAAAAAGGAGACUAAGACGAAAGAUACCAAGACAAAAGCAACCAAGACCAAGGCCACUUCCACAAGCAAAACCAGUCCUGUAACUACAUCCGCUAAGCCGGAAGGAAAAGUCGAUGCAACCGAGAAGCCUAAGACUACCUCAAAAUCUUCCCCAAAGCCGGACCCCACAGAAACUAGCGAGCCUGAAGAAGAGGAAGAUGGCAAAAAUAAACAAUACACGGCUGACCAUACUGGGCAGUAUUUCAUGGCGAUAGCCGUAAUUGGGUUUAUCAUUGUUAUAAUAUUCAUGAGAUACCACAAAACCCCAGGCAGCUCUCGUCGCAGAAGAAGAAGAGAAGAAUACGAAUUCGACAUUAUUCCUGGUGAGGAUUACACUGACAGUGAAGAUGAUAAUGACGAUUCGUUGGAUCUAGGACAUAGAAAUGAUAGACGUCACAAUUCUCGUAAUAGCGAUGAAACAAGAGACCGUUUAUUCGACGAAUUUAACGCCGAAACAUUACCAGAUUACGAUGAUGGUAUGUUUGCAAUCGGUAAUGAGGAUGAUGACCAUCCUCAUGAUUCCAGGGCAGAACAAAAUUCAAAAUCUUCAAAUAGGCCACCCGCGGAUUCUACAUCAAACGACUCAAAAAGUGCGGCCAAGGACAUAGAAGCCUCUGCAAGAACCUCGAAUGAUCAUGAGAAUACGGACACUAAUGAGAACACUACCUCUACCUCAGAAUCAAGAACCUCAGUUUAA